AUGUGCUUGGGUCGGCUAGCGUAUGUUGAGGCUAGAGAUGAGGUUGGAGCUAUUGAUCGGAGUGGGUCUACUAGGCGUGUGGGCAUGAGAAAGCCAGCAAUAUGGGGUGGACGAGAGGAAGGCUGUGGGCUACUGGUUGGAGUGGUUAGUUUUAUGUGUGUGGAGGGUCAGUUGGGCAUGCUUAUGCCUAGCGUGUGGUGGCUAGAGUGGAGGCCGAUAGCGUGUGAGAGAAGGGUUGUGGUGUGUGGGAUUGAAGGGUUGGAGGAGCCGAAGCUGGGCAAUGAGCUUCGAGUGAGGAAGGAGUUGGCGUGUGGGUGUUUAUCAAGAGGAGAAGAUGGAGGGGAUGUGAUGGCUUGUCACAAGAGGGAGGAGCUGUUAUGGAAGGGUUUCAAAUGA